GUUUGUCUACAUCCGCCGCCGGUGACAAAAAAUUGUGAAGCGGCUUCGCGGAGGAGUCGGAGCUAUGGCGGGCGCGGAGGAGGCCGGGGCUCACGACGGAAAACGUCGGAAGACGUAUCAAGGCACCCACAAGGCCAUGCGGGACGGCGUGUGGCACAGGUUGGCGCCAGCUCUCACAGAGUGCGGUCGUGCCGCUGCGGUUCUCUGCGGCAAAGAACGACUCAAGUACGUGAGUCUGGCCGUGCUGGUGGUGCAGAAUGCGUCGCUCAUCCUCAGCAUCCGCUACGUGCGCACGUUGCCCGGUGACAAGUUCUUCUACACGACGGCCGUGGUGCUCGCCGAGCUGCUCAAGAUGCUCACCUGCCUCGUGCUGCUCCUGCUGCAGCAUCGCGGCAACAUGUGCGAGUGGCUGCGCUACCUCUACGAGUCGAUCGUGCUGCAGCCCGCGGACACGCUCAAGCUGGGCGUGCCCGCCGUCAUCUACACCUUGCAGAACAACCUGCAGUACGUGGCCAUCUCCAACCUCCCCGCAGCCACCUUCCAGGUCACGUACCAGCUGAAGAUCCUGACGACGGCACUCUUCUCGGUGCUGAUGCUGCACCGCUCGCUGUCGCGGGCGCAGUGGGGGUCGCUGCUGCUGCUCUUCUGCGGCGUGGCGGCCGUGCAGGUGCAGCAGGUGGGCGGCGGCGAGUCCUCGACCGCCAGCGGCGAGCAGAGCUACCCCAUCGGCCUCGUCGCCGUCGUCAUCUCCUGCGUCUCCUCGGGCUUCGCCGGAGUCUACUUUGAGAAGAUCCUCAAGGGCUCGGGCGGCUCGGUGUGGCUGCGCAACGUGCAGCUGGGCCUGUACGGCACGGCGCUCGGCCUCUUCGCCAUGUGGUCCAAGGACGGCGCCGAGGUGGCGCGGCUCGGCUUCCUGCACGCCUACUCGCCCGCCGUGUGGGCCGUGGUGCUCAACCAGGCCUUCGGCGGCCUGCUGGUGGCCGUCGUCGUCAAGUACGCCGACAACAUCCUCAAGGGCUUCGCCACGUCGCUCUCCAUCCUGGUCUCCACCGCCGCCGCCAUCUUCCUCUUUGAUUUCCACGUCGACUGGCUGUUCGCGACCGGGGCGGCCAUGGUGAUCGGCGCCGUUUACAUUUACAGCCUCCCGCCGCGGCCCAGCGCCGCCGCCGCCAAGAAGGAGGAUGAGAAGGGCCCGGCGGGGGCGGCCGCGCUGUCCGCAAAGUCGUGAGCGCUGGCGGUAGCGGGGGAGGGAAGGGGAGGG